AAAGCUUAAUCCAAGAUCCGUGUUCCAUCAGCCAACAUGAACAGAAAUCGUCGAGACGGACCACAGCGUGAUGUUAAGCGAGAGCGUCGGAGCCGAUCCAGAAGUCCAAGAAGAAGUCGUAUCGGCGCUGCUGUUGGAAGUAACAAUGGGAACUCAUCAUCGAACAACCGAAUGGUUUUUAUCACCAAUAUCGCCUAUGAGGCUCGUUGGGUCGAUUUGAAAAGUCUAGUUCGCGAGAAAGGAGGUGAAGUCGCUUUCUGCGAGUUGCUCGAAGACCGUAACGGCAAGCCAAAGGGUAACGCUGUGGUUGAGUUCGAAACUCGUGAGGGUGCCGAAAAAUGCGUUGAGAAUCUACAAAAGUUCGACUGGAAGGGAAGAACCAUCAUCGCCAAAGAAAUUCGGGAUCCGAAUGCUUUCUUCCGAACCAUCAAAACUGAAACAGGCAUUGAUUACUUGUCUCGUACCGGAGGUGGUGGUGCAGGAGGACGAGGUCCUCCACCAAAAGAUCUUGAUCGCCCUACUCGAACUGGAACUUAUGAUUUAUUCGGUCUCAAUAUGGAAUUCCUUCGCCAACACAACAUUGAACCGCCACUCUGUGAGCGCAUCUUCAUCGCCAAUUUGGCUUUCAAUGUCGGAACCGAUAAGCUUUACGAAGUCUUCGGUAUGGCCGGUAAAAUCACCUGGAUGGACUUCCGCAUUGAUAAAGAAGGAAAGUCAAAGGGAGUAUGCGUAAUUCAAUACACUCACCCAAUUGAAGCCGUACAAGCCGUUUCGAUGCUCAAUGGUCAGCGACUUUUUGAUCGAAAUCUGGUUGUGAAAAUGGAUAGAUUCGAUAAGGAACUGGAGCACAAAGAAGGUGGACUUCCACGAGGUCUUGAGUCAAUCGGAAUGGGUCUUGGAGCAGAAGGAGCACCACUUUCCAAUGUUCAUGGAAUGUUCCCAGGAGAUGCUUCAGUGCCGUUCACAGCUCCAGCUGCCCCAUUCGUAGGUGGACCACAAGUUGUUUCGGCUGGUGGUUUUGGAGGAGUCGUUGAACAAGCCAACUUUGCCCGAUCCGUCAUGAACAAUGGACCAUUUGGAGGAAAUGCUGGUGUUGGUGGUGCUGGUGGAGCCACAUUUGCUCAACCUGACGUCUUUGGUGUCAAUGGAGCUGGUGGACUCGCCGGUGCUGCGACACCCCAGGCAACAAGGGUUAUUAUCAUUCGCAACCUUCCAAGCGAUUAUACCUGGCAAAUUGUCCGUGACCGUGUUCGAAACUUCGGAGAAGUCGACUCUGUUGAUAUGAUGGCGCCAGGAGCUGCUCGCAUUCGUUUUGCAACUUUCCAAGACGCUGAACGUGCUCGUGCUGCCCUCUAUGGAUCCACUGUCGAAGGCCGCAUGAUCAGCGUUGACUACGCCUAAUUCAUUCCCCCUGUUAUAUUUGUAUUUGAAACUUCUCACGUUUCUCUUGAAUCAUCAUCUAUUAUCUUUAUUUUAUCCGUUUUUUCUCCAUCUCUAUCCUUCCUUAUCCCUUUAAAAAGGCUUCCUUGUCAACGGAAUCUCAAUAAUUUAAAACAUCUUCCUCAUUUUCAUCACUCUAAAACUAUUUCUCAUAUUUUCCUCUGGCAGGAUGGUGACAAAUAAAAGUUUUAAUAAU